AUGGAGGGAAGAGGGAGGGCAGGGUUGAGUUCUGCCAGAAAGAGAGGGGUCAAGGGGAAGCCCCAGAAUGGGAAACGGAGGGGAAUUUUUGAAUAGUAAAAGUAAAAGCUCUGGACCAUAAAUAGGAAGCAGACCACAGCCUCACCCUGCCUCAUCCUCACCCUCCUAGAUCCCCUCAUACCCCACUAGGACGCCGUGUGCUUCCCAUCCCACCACAGCUACCCAAGCUGCGGCCGCUCAUCAACUCCUCACACUCACACACUUGCUGUCUGCCUGCCUCAGUUCACCCUCCAUGGCACCUGGUGUAGCCCCGCUACUGGUCCUCAGCCUGCUGGUUCUUUGGAGCUCCCCAGCCCCAGUUCUGGGUGGUGCCAACGAUGCAGAAGACUGCUGCCUAUCUGUGACCCAGCGCCCCAUCCCUGGGAACAUCGUGAGAGCCUUUCGCUAUCUUCUCAUCAAAGAUGGCUGCAGAGUGCCUGCUGUUGUGUUCACCACACUGAGGGGUCACCAGCUCUGCGCACCCCCAGACCAGCCCUGGGUGGAACGCAUCAUCCGGAGACUGAAGAGAUCCUUCGCCAAGAGCAAGCACCACAGCAGUUAGUUCCACACAGCUCCUGAGGGAGCCCUGUGUCUCACUGGAAGGAUGUGAACCGUCCUGGCCUGGGGAACUAAGGCCAGAAGAGAAGAUCAAGCCUCCCACUGCUUCACAGCAGACCUGACCCAGCCCGAGUAGGCUUGGAAUAUCAACAUGAGUAAGAAUGAGAGGGUGAAUGUGGCAACUGCUCAGCCUCUCCAUGUCCAGAUUGCAAUGCUUCCAAUAAACCACCUGGCACUCA